AUGAAGUCUAGCUCCCAAAAAACCGUUGUGCUAUUCGAAGCGCGAUAUGACAUGGACACUGGUAAAGUGGUCGACGAUCACAACAAACCUUCAAGUGAAGUUUUGGACGUUGAUAGUGGUAAAGGUAAACGUCAUCUCCUUCUGGAAUUAGGUUAA